UAGUAACUUACGUAGAGGAUGAAAUGCCUGCUCAUAAGGAACAUUAAGUACUUUCUAUUCUCUGUUCUUCAUCUCUGUCGUUUCGCGGUCGUUCUGUUCCAACUUCACUCUACUGCGCCGUCACAGCCCACGGCUCUUUGAUCAUGCUUUCUCUCUCCAUCGUCCUCUUCUUCGUUGCAUUAUGUACAGCUUGGGUUAAUGAGUUCCCAAUAAUUGCUCCUUCGACUGUCGACGCUGGCACGUCGUUCGAAGUCACUAUAUCUGAUACUUCAAUCCACAACGAUGCGACUACGUGGGUCGAGUCGCUGAGGAUAUAUCUAGCAGCUUCCGCUGAAGACAAGCUCUCUGCAGAUUUCUAUCACUCUGACUGCACCUUAAUCAAAGCCAUAUCUGUCUGCGAUCCAUCCAUCACCGUAUAUGAUCAAUAUGUUCAGAUAUCGAAUACAACUUACAAAGUCACCAUACCUGCGAACAUCGGCCCCUCCGGACCGCAUUAUGUUCUCAAAUCUCAGCUCAUUCAAACGGAUGGAUCGCGUUACGGCGCCGAGCUCUCGUCUGAUGUCUUUGAUCUCACCAGUGCCACCGGGAAUUGGGCUUACACUCAGCUCCAAGGGUAUACGCUAUGGAGUGCAGACGGCGUUCCCUGCACUGGUUUCCCGUGUGUCAAAAAUUGCUCCGAGGCUGCCCACAACGCCUACCAAAAGUCCAACAACGCCAGCGACUCUGCCUAUCAAGAUUGCGCCAACUCUUGUCCCGGUGUAAACAUAAAUUUCAAUUCCACUCAGCAGCCAACGCAGCCAACGAGUACUCCUUCUCCAUGUCCUGCGCGGGCAAGCACCUCAGCCGCACUACUCUCCGGCUCUACUAGAACGAAAACUGCUACUCUCAACUCUGCGACACCUACAUCUGCUGCAUUGAGUACUAAGAUUUUCUCCAACUCAUAUGUGCUGCUAGCUAUCGCGUUAGCCUUGAUUUUUCUUACGUUUCGUGUUCAAGAAGUCAGCAAUUAA